AUGAGGGGAUGGGCUGUCGCACUCGCCUUGGCGCUGGCUGUCUUGACCGCCGGCAGCGCAGCAGCCGCACCACCAGGACUGCAGGGCUUCAUCCGCGUCUCCAAUGGCACCUUCGUGGACGACGGCUGGGUGUCUUUGAAUUCGGUUGCAGCAGACGCUGCCUACUCACUGCCUGACGGCAGCGCAGCCCUUGCCGACAAUGUGCAGAACGACGUCGUCAGCCUGUUCCAGGAAGCACAAACCAGCGGCUUCAAUGCCGUCAGGCUCUUUGCUCAUGGCGGAGACGUGAACUUUCAGCUGCAGGUGUCGCCAGGGAAGUACAAUGAGUCUGUCUUCAGGGGCAUAGACUACAUCCUUGCCCUUGCCGGCAAGUACCAAGUGAAGUACCUUGCCUGGGCUCACAUUGCCCUGGAGUACCAGGACACCUUCUGGACCAGCAAGGAAGUGCGCGACAUGAUCAAGGACCACUUCUCUGUUGUCGUCAACCGCCGCAACAUGUUCACUGGGAAGCUCUACAAGGAGGACGACACCAUCUUUGCAUGGGACAUCUACAAUGUCCUUGCGGCAGGGAGGUACUGGUCGGCAAAGAUCGGUCAGGACUUUCAAGCACAGCAUGCCUUUCCCAGCAUUGACUACACAACCAUCCACCUGUGGCCUGAUAACUGGGAAACUCAGGACCCCGACUUCCCCCGCACAUGGAUUGAGGCGCAUGACAGGGCCUCUGCAGCCAUGGGCAAGCCCCUGGUGCUGGAAGAGUUUGGCAAAGGGCAGGGCAAGAAUGCCACCUACCAGGCCGUCUAUGACACGCUGCAGGACAGCCUGGCGCGGAACGGUUCCUUCAAGGGCGCGCUGUUCUGGCGCUAG